AGAUGCAGUAGAGUAGCAUCGUAUGGAGUAUGAGGAUGUGGCUCGAUCAGCUACACGUUGUAGGCCGCGACGAUGCAUUCAGGUUGAAUGUUCCAAGCGUCGACGAACCUUGUGGACGUGUUCAGCCUAGAAAUUAAUUGAUCUUGCUUUUUGGGAUCGAUCAUGCUGACUCAGCAGUCUUAACGUAGUUCAUGUAGCGGAAUAAAACUCGCAGUUGGCUCUCAUCCAUCGGGCUCUAUCUAAUUCACAUUCGUCUCUCAAUAGGUAGCUCUUCUGUCUACUAUGUUCAAACGCGUGGAGAAACGAAGAAGGAAACAGGCAAAGGAGGAAGAUCUGGGUCUAACGGGGGAGAUGAAGGAGGUGCUUGGCAUGCACGACACGGAUUCAGAGGAGAGUGAUUCAAGUGCAGAAGGUUCAUCUUCAGAGAGCGAGAGCGAGGGUGAGGAUAUCGUUUCUCAGCCAAUGCCGCAGAAUGCUGCUUCCGAAAGUGAUGAAAUGGACGAGGAGGGCACUGGUUCUGCAGAGGAGGAUGAAGAGAGCGAAGAGGAGGACGAGUCCUCACACGAAUCACCACCAAUAUCCGUGACGGAAGCAAUGAAAGACCCCGUCUAUAUCAUCUCUCUUGACCCGGAUGUCAGGGCAUGUGCGGUAUGUCAAGGGAAGUUGCUGAAGAACUCGACCAUGGCGGAAGUUCACAAGGCAUCCAAGGCCCAUUAUCGUCGAUUCUCGCGAUUCGUCGAGUUCGCUGGAACGGCGGACCCCGAUACCGAUCUGAGCGAAUUUUGGCAAAUGCUGAACGCGGCGAAUAAGCCAAAGGAACGGACGAAAGAGAGUUCAUUGUCAAAACGGGCUGCGAAACGGAAAGCCAAACUCGCCUCCAUCAAGGCGAAACGCGAGAAAGCCAAAGAAAUGAAGGCAAAGGGCCUGAAGUUCAAAGCGGAAAAGAAAGCGAAGAAGCUCGCUGCCACUCCUGCCGCCCCCGGUGCCUCUUCCGGUGACGGUACCAAGGCUGCAGAGUCAGAUCUGGCUCAGUCUACCGCCUCCUCGAAGCCACCGAAGAAGAAACGAAAGGUGGAGAAGAGCACAAUCAAGGGCGAUGAAUCGAUUCUCACUACGUCCGCGAAGCUGGAUUCGACAUCCAACGACGUCAAAUCGAACAAGCAUUCUGGGAAGAAAGGGAAACUGAGGGAGGCUCUAAAAGCUGACACUUCCGAACAGCCAAAGUCCUCUACAGCUCCAUCGAAAUCUAACAAAUCUCCCCGAAAGCCGAUAACGUCGACAGAAAAGACUGUGGACAAAUUCACCCCGGCUACCGCAUCAAAAGCGAAGACCAAUCAGAAGCAGAAGGCCGGUUCUGGACCAAAACCAAGUGCACCUGGACGAACGUAUAAGAAAGCUCCGACGAAGAAAGCGGCAGUGGCGGCUGCAGCAUCAUAGUCUUCAUUUCGUACUUAGUGACAGUGGUUUCAUCUAUUCAGCGUCAGAUCUUGAUUAUGCUUCCAGACGACUUAAAGUUUGUGUGCACGCAGGCGGGAAAGAAGU